UUAUAUAUUUUUAUUCAUGAAGUGUACCAAGUAGGUACCAACUAUCAAAUACCAAUAAGUUUUAUGAAAGUAACGAGAAGGUUCACAAAUGUGACUGUAUUUAUAUUAUUUUUAUAAAUUUUUGAUAAAGAGUAACUAGUAAUAUAAUCAACUAAAAGGAAAUCCUAUUAUUGAGUGCAUUAAUUCAAUAUGUCAAAUAAUCUUAAUCCUUUAGCAGGAACUGCAGAUUUGUUGGAUGAACUAGACAAAAAAUUAAUGGUGUUGCUUCGUGAUGGUAGAACUUUAAUUGGAUACCUGAGAAGUGUUGAUCAAUUUGCAAAUUUAGUCCUCCAUAAAACAAUUGAGAGGAUACAUGUGGGAAAUGAAUAUGGGGACAUACCAAGAGGCAUAUUUAUAAUACGGGGAGAAAAUGUUGUUCUUCUAGGUGAAAUUGAUAAAGGUAAAGAAGAAAAUUUGCCAUUGACAGAAGUAUCCGUGGAUGAAAUACUUGAUGCUCAAAGAAGGGAACAAGAUGCCCGAAUUGAAAAACAGAAGCUUCUCUCUAAAGCUCUUAAAGAAAGAGGUCUCAAUCUGCUGGCAGAUCUUGGUCAUGAUGACAUGUUUUGAACACAUCUCACUGAGUUAGUUUUGUAUGAUUCUGUAAUAUAAGAAGUUAUAAUAUA